AUGGCAGGGGGAAGCAUCCGCGCGGCCGCCAAGGCCGCGGUGAUCGGCGGCUACCGCUCCGCAGCCUACAUGCGGCGCGCCGUCACCCCGUCGUCCCAUACUUCCUCUGCCGACGGCCGGAAGGCUUCCACGUUCGCGGCGGACGACUGGGUCAUCACCGACCGCGAGGUGUUCGGGCCCGUGCCCACUCAUGAGGAGGCCAUGGCUGCCACGCUCGACCUCAAGGACGCCUUCGAGAUUGCCAAGGAUAAACCUCAUGUUGCUCACUUGGAAACCCCGAAGAAACAUCUCUGGCCUGCUGAGCUGGAUAGUCACGCAAAGUCUGCUCAAGAAAUUGCACUUCCGGAACUUGUUCGUUCUGAAACACCUCAGGACGUUGUUCAUUCAGAAGUGUCUAAGAAGGAUGAUAACUACGAAAAUUUGCUCGUCUCAUCCGGAACUCCAGGACGUGUUGUGCAAGCAUUCACAUUGCUACAUGAGAGCCCUGAAGCUCAGGAUGUCGUGGCCUCACUUGCUUCUGAUAAGAAUGUCUGGGAUGCUGUGAUGAAGAACGAAAAGGUUAUUAAGUUCUACAAGACAUAUGAGUCAAAGCUUAGUGAGUGUUCUAGUGUAUCUGGGGAUGAGGUGGAGGAUGGUGAGGCAGCUAGCCUGCAAAGCAACACUUACCUCUCUCAAAGCGCUGGUGAAUCAGUGAAGGAUUAUUUGGAGAAAAUGAAGGCCCUGGUGUCCGAGAUGAUGGCCAAUCUGUCAAACAUGAUGCAAGAUCUUGUCGCAAUCUCUGACGAGGGCCGUAGCAAGGGGACGAUCAAGACCCUGAUAAUGAGCUCCAGCAAAGAUUUCCCGAAUGCACCCUCUGCCUUUGUGCUCCUGGCUAUUGCGUCGAUCAUGGUAGUUUUGCUUAAGCGUGUUUAG